UAUAGUAUAAAUGUGGGAAUAUAUUUAAGAUCGAGGCACCGAGUCAUUAACUGUCUACUAAUUCUCGGUUUGUUUGUGUAACUGAACAAAAUUUGUUGUGCGCAUGUAAAAAAAUAAUACGCUAUCCAAAUUACCUGUGAACUCAAUAUGGCUCAGAUGACCGAGAAGAGGACAACUUCGGCACGAUCGGGAACUGCCGCCAAGGAGAACCACAGUUUGACGGGGCGUCACAGCCAGAAUCAGAAACAGAACCACCGCAGCGGCAAGGGCAUCGAGAUUCUCGACUUCCACGAGUCCUGGCUGGAGGAGGUGGAGCUGUACAAGGACAAGAUGGUCAUGUGCAAGAAGUUGGCCCACCACAAUCAUGUGCCCGCCUCGGCGCUCCACUUUCAGCCGCACCUGGCUGCCGCCGCUGCCGCCGCCCCGUUUCGAAAUCAGGGCCGGAUUAUGCAGUCCAGCACUCCACAGCAUCGCAGUUCAGCUGGUGGAGGAGGAUCGUCUUCCAAUCCCUCAGCAUCCGCUGCCGCAUCCGCCUCCAAUCGCUACUCGCCACCCAGCCAGAAGCAUAGAUCGCCGCCAUCACCCCGAAAACGCUUGACCCCGGAGAAAGUGACCGCUCUUGGAGGUGGCACCGCAUCCAAGGCCACCAACCAGCGCAUCACCAUCCGGGGAUCCCCGCCCAACGGCUCGCCACCCAAGGUGGCCUCCAGUCCCACGUCCGUAGUGGCCAACAGUGUACUCCAAUCGGAGCCUUACAAGAAAGUCCAGAUGCUAUUGAAGCGCGCCAGGGAGGAGGCCUUCGCCAAGCACUCAAACGGCAGUCCAAGCAACGGAUCAUCCAAGCGCUCCAGCCUCAGUCCGCCCGUCCAGACGAAGGUGGCCCCCUCGGGCAUUUCCUGCUCCAGCACCCAGACCCUAAAGCCAUCGGCGCCCAGCAAGAUCGUGGUGAACUCGUUCCACGGCAGCAGCAUGCUGAGUGGCCAGCAGCAGCAGGAGGAGAAGAGCCGGCUGCUCACCCAGAACGGGCUGACCAAGUCGGCGGUCAGCGCCUUGGAGACGAGCCUCUACGCCUCGCUAUACGCCCAUGGUCCUCAGAACAGCCAGCAGCAGUCGUACAGGAUGCCAGCCGGAGAUCACAGCUCGCCCUAUGUGGGUGUCUCGCUGAACAAGGGAGCCGGACACGAUCACGACCGGAGGCACGAGGACGAUCCCUGCGCAGACCCAGAACCAACCAUCGACGACAUUAACAACUACGAUGAUUCGGACUCGGAGGAGGAGUAUGUGGGCACGCCCUUCUUUUUGGAGGAGGACAACACGGAGACGCGCCAGAGCAAGCACACUCGUUUGCUGCCGGAGAAGACGCAGUCGAGGGAAUCGGUGGCCACCGCGGACUCUGAGGCGUCGAUCUACUUCCGUCCGGAUGCCAUCCUCUCGCCCAGCCUCUUUCCGCAUGUUCCACCGUACCUGAACUUUACCUCGCAUGCCGACAAGGGUCCACCCAUGCCGGCAGCCUUGCAUCGAGUGCUCAAAUGGAAGCUCAGUCCCGUGAUGCCCAAGAUUGUUAAGCGAGUGGUGCUCAACUCGGGCUUUCGCAUCAUCAAGAACACCACCGACUGGAUGGCCGUGUGGGAGAAGCACAUGAAGAGCCCCGGAUUCAGAACCAUACGAUCGCACCAGAAGUACAACCACAUACCCGGAUCCUUCCGGAUUGGACGCAAAGACACCAUGUGGCGCAGCAUCUACAGCAAUAUGCAGAAAUUCGGCAAGAAAGAGUUUGGCAUCAUGCAAAAAUCCUACAUAAUGCCUGAUGAUUUGGAGAGUCUGCGCCAGGUGUGGCCCAAGAACGCCUCGAAGCUGACAAAGUGGAUUGUUAAGCCGCCGGCGAGUGCCCGAGGAACCGGGAUACGCAUCGUGAACAAGUGGAGUCAGUUCCCCAAGGAUCGACCCCUGGUGGUGCAGAAAUAUAUUGAGCGCCCCUUGCUGAUCAACGACAACAAGUUCGACAUGCGUCUGUAUGUGGUGCUGACCUCGAUCAAUCCGCUGCGCAUCUACAUGUACAAGGAUGGCCUGGCGCGAUUCGCCUCGGUGAAGUACAGCUCGGAGCUGGGCAACCUGGACGAGCGGUGCAUGCACCUGACCAACUACAGCAUCAACAAGUUCUCGCAGAACUAUGCCAAGAACGAGGACUUCAAUGCCUGCCAGGGCCACAAGUGGACCCUGCAGUCCCUGUGGUCCUGCCUGGAGAAUCGUGGCGUGAACACCAAGCACUUGUGGGCCACCCUGCGCAAUCUGGUGAUCAAGGGCAUUGUGAGUGGCGAGUCGGGCCUGAAUCGCAUGUACCGCCAGAAUGUGAACUUUCGCUACAAUUGCUUCGAGCUCUUCGGCUUCGAUGUGCUGCUGGACGAGAAUCUGGUGCCCUGGCUGCUGGAGAUCAACAUAUCGCCCUCGCUGCACUCCGAACUGCCGUUGGAUCUGCAUGUGAAGGGUCCACUCAUACAGGCCGUGCUCAAUACGGCCCUGUAUCAGGUGCCGCCGAAGCUGAAUGAACGCCAGCAGGCGGAGAUUCUGGAGGAGCUGAAGCUGGCGGGUCCACUGUGCCAUGACAAGCGCAUUUUCACCACCUGCCUGACGGCGGAGGAGGUGCGCAAGCACAAUCAGUACACCAACCGGAGCAUCGAGUUCCGGGAGGAGUAUGUGGAUACCAUACUGGACAACCUGCUGCCCGACGAUGUGCGCUGCCUGAUCGUGGCCGAGGAUGAGCUGGCCAGGUGCCAGCCGUUGGAGCGCAUCUUCCCCACCGCGGGCACCCAUGUCUAUCUGCGGUAUGUGGAGAAUGCGCGCUACUACAAUCGCCUGCUGGACGCCUGGGAGUCGAAGUACGCCAAGAACCGGGAGCUGGGCAUUGCCCUGCUGUCGCGCCACUGCCGCGAUAAGUACCAUCUGCAGGUGUCGGACGCCGCCAUGGAGAAGGAACCAAAUGUUGCACUUACCGAGAUCGAUAUGCUGCACGUGCGCAAGGAUGAGGUCUUGGACGGUGCCACAACGCUGGCCCUGCUCAACUCUGCCCCAACCGCCGUGGACAGCAGCGGAACGGUGGUGGCGCCCCGUCCGGAUGCCUGCAUCGAGAUUAAGUCCUGAAACCACCUCAGAUGACGUCGCACAUCGGCCACAUCGCGGGAGAGUCCUCAGUCGUCCAACCGCCCAAAAGACCGCCCGCCCGCAUAUCGAGAUCAUCAUUCAGAUCCAGAUGUACAUUUCCGUUUCCGUUUCCGUCCGCGGCACAACACUGCAACGCCCUCAUCCCGUCCAACUUCACUUUGGAAUUGUCCAAAACCAAUAAAGUUAACUCAACUCCGA